CACGACGAUGUUGACCACCGCCGCCUCCGCCGCCCGGCACGCGGCCAAGCGCCUGGGAGUCAAUGGCGAAGGCAACGACCGCGUCCAGGCGGGCGCGAUGGACACGUUUGAGGACCCACACAAGCCCCCACCGUCGGCUGUGGUUCACGUGCGGGGACUCUCAGACACAGCCCUCGAGUCGGACCUCGUGGAGGCCGUGCGGUACUUUGGCCUAGUCAGCUACGUGGUGAUGAUACCCAAGACGCGGCAGGCGCUGGUGGAGUUUGAAGACCCGGAGAGCUCCCGCAGCUGCGUCGACUACUCGUCCAAGGGCUCCGUCUACGUGUGCGGGCAGCCGGCCUACUUUAACUUCUCUACCAGCCAGAAGCUUUGGCGCCCUGGCGUCCCGGGGGACAACGGCAACAGCAACCACAUCCUGCUCUUCACCAUUCUCAACCCCAUCUACCCCAUCACCACGGAUGUGCUUUACAACAUUUGCAAACCAUUUGGGCCUCUGCAACGCAUUGUGAUCUUCAGGAAGAAUGGCCUGCAGGCCUUUGUGGAGUUUGUUUCGGUUGAGAGCGCCGAGAGAGCGAACUCAUCUCUGAAUGGAGCGGACAUCUAUUCGGGCUGCUGUACUCUUAUAGCAGAGCAUGCCAAACCGAUGCGUCUGAAUGUGUUUAAAAAUGACUCUGAGACCUGGGACUUCACCAACCCUGGCCUCAAGCAAGAGGACAAUGCAAUGAUGCCAGCGAAGCAAACGUCUCUCCUUGGCGACCAUCCCAAAGCACACGCUUGCGGUGGUGGCGACUGUGGAGGCCACCAGCAGCCACCACCACCGGGCGUCGACUACGGAUCUGGCCGCGACGGCAUGGGCGGUGGGGGAGGAAUGGGCAUGGGAGUAGGCAUGGGCAACCAGGUUGGGCCCCAGGGUGGUACCCAGGGCCAGCACGUGCAAGCCAUGAUGAACCAGCAGGCCGACAACAAGGUCCUCAUUGUGUACGACUUGGACGCCGAACGCUUCAACUGCGACCGCGUGUUUAACAUCCUCUGCCUCUUCGGCGACGUGGAGAAGGUUAAGUUCCUGAAGAGCAAGCCGGGAGCCGCCAUGGUCGAGAUGGGAGAUCAGUACGCCGUGCACAGGGCGGUUUUUCACCUCAAUAUGUCUCAGAUCUUUGGAAAUAAAAUCAACCUCUGCGUAUCGAGGCAGCGGUCGAUUGUGCCGGGCCAGGCGUUCGAGCUGCCGGACGGCACCGACAGCUACAGGGACUACGCAGGUUCUCGCAACCACCGCUACGCCGACAGCGAGAAGGCGGCGAAGAACCGCAACCAGCGUCCCACCGCGGUGCUGCACUUCUUCAACGCGCCCACGGACAUCACGGCCGAGAUGUUCGCGCAGCUGUGCGACGAAAUGUCGAUUGCGAGGCCCCGUUCUUUCAAAGUGUUUUCUGGAAAAACCGAUAGGAGCGUGUCCGGCCUGAUGGAGUGGGAGACCAAGAACGAUGCCAUGGAGGCUCUGGCGUGCAUUAACCAUCACCCCCUGAAGAACGCAAAUGUUCCAUACCUCUACACCCUCAAACUGUGCUUCUCUACUGCCCAGCCUUCAUAGAAGACAACUCAACAUGUUUCAUGCCGUAUUGAACGUCGGUGUCAACAUCAUUGUCACUUUGUGUACUAUUUGUGAAUGUCCCAUCACUCUUGUUGAAAGUUAACCGUGGGUAUAGGUCGAAAGUGCAAUUGACGCGUUUACAUUUUAGUUGUCAUUUUUUGGAGGAUUAAUUUAGAUUUCUAUAUUGACUGCACCGAAAGAUUUUAAAGGUCGCAGUGGAAAUGAAGAAUGUUGAAAUUAAAAUAAUUAUGAUUAGUCUCCUUAACCUGCCGAGUUUGUCUGCCGUGUGCAUUGCUAUUUUGUCCAUGAGCCCCAAACCAGAUUUCACUUGGCAGUCCUCGGGUGCCGUAACUUUAGCGGCUCCAAUU